AUGGCGCACCCCGGGGUGCUGCUCACCAAGCAGCCCCCCCCGGACACCGUGCCCGUCUCAGACCUGCCCAUGAAGGUGUACGAGGUGCCGCUGAACACGGGGCCCGACUCCUCCAGCGGCCUGGCCACGGCCGGCUUCCGCACCGCCAAGUACCUGCCCCACGAGUGGCACCAGAGCAACUCGGAGCUGUACCACGAAGCCUUCAUGGGCUGCGAAAAGGCCGAGCAGGACCAGGACAGGUCCAAAGAGCUGGCCGAGCACACCGCUGCUGCCACUCAGCGUAACCAGCAGGACUCCACGACCGCCCUGGGCCACCGCCUGAAGGACAUACACUUCUGGAAGUCUGAGCUCCAGAGGGAGACUGAGGAUCUGGAUGCCGAGACCAGGCUGCUGGCAGCCCAGAAGCUGCGGCUGGAAAGGUCUCUGGAUGCCACCGAGUUUACUUACGCUAUUGCCAUGGAUAACCUGCAGUGUCGGGAGAGGAGACAACCCCCAGACCUGGUCAGUGAUGAGGUGGAGAACGAGCUGCUGAAGGAAGCUGAACUGAUCAGAAGCAUCCAGGAGCUUCUGAAAAGAACUAUGAUGCAAGCUGCUACCCAGAUGCGAAUAAAUCGAGAUCACAAAGAGAUUUGUGAGAAGGACUGGUCAGACAAAGUUGAAACCUACAACAUCGAUGAUAAAUGUGGAAGAUACAAUAACCAGAGCACCAACAUCCAGUUCCACCCCAGCUCCAUCAAGUUUGAGGAGAGUGCCUCAACACCAGAGACUUGGGCCAAGUUCAGUCAUGACAACAUCUACAGGGCAGAAAGAGAAAGAGUGGCUUCCAGCAACCUGCGUGACUUGAUUGACAGUAUUUUGCAUGAUGUGUCUGAGGACCUGAGGAGACAAUGUGCUGCUGUCAACGAGGCUUUUGUCAAACACUGUGAGGAGCUGGACGAUGCGAAACACAAGCUGGAGUAUCAUUUGGGAAAAGUCCUUCAGGAGAUUGGAAAUCAGGAAGCCAACAUUGCUGCUCUCAAACAAGCUAUCAAAGACAAAGAAGCCCCAAUGAAAGUUGUUCAAACAAGGCUGUAUGACAGGUCUUUUAGGCCCAACGUAGAGCUCUGCAGAGAUGAAGCCCAGUUCAGGUUGAUCAAUGAAGCUGAAGAACUAACAGAGUCCAUCGAAUCCUUGAAGAAAAAGCUGGUGGAAUCAGAAAAGAGGCUGAGGAACCUGGAAGACACACGGAUGAAUUUAGAAAAAGAAAUAGCUGUGAAAACAAACACUCUUUUUAUUGCUAGGCAGAAGUGCAUGAUCCAUCGCACACACUAUCCUCCUGCUUUCAAAUUAGCAGGUUACACACAGCAAUCUCUGUUCUAACCAUGCAAAGUCUGGAAGCAAAAUAUAGUCUAAAAUCUUUCAUGUAAAAU